AUGGCCCACAAACAGGACCCCGUCUCAACUCAUCAUCGUGACCCGUUUCUCAGAGGAAAAAUCCUGGAAUUAGAUUCUGAUCCCGAUUACGAAGACGUUUCCGAGCGGAGCCACAGGAAGAAUUGUCACCUCCAGCAGACUCGGCACAUCUCUCACAACACAGCUCAACAACAAGGAGAAACCAUCCGUGGCAGAAGAGGAACUCGCGUGCUCUCGCAACUAGCCAGACCAAACCCUAGCCUCUGGCUCAACUACAGGCCGCAAAAAGCGCAGUUCUCAGUGCCUGGCCACUUCAAGGACAAUGACGAUCAGCCUCUAGGUCAGGAAGAGGAACUGCUCGAUGUCAAUCAGAACAUCGGCGAAACUUGCGGGGUAUCCGGAGUCAACACUUGGCAAUUCGCGAAUACGUCAGACGAUUGUGCGGCCUAUGUAGGGCAACAGAACAAGAAAGCGGACAGAAUACUGAAGAUGCACGAAGAUAACAACGUAGAUCUCGAUCUUAAUGGCCUCGCGUUCGAAUCCUUCUCCUCCAAUAACAACGGCGUCGCCGACGAUCCCUAA